GUUCAUUAUCUCAUCUUCAUCUUCAAAAGCUUGUUAUUUUCUUUCUCUUUUUAUUCUUUCUUCUUCCUCAUUACAUACUCAUUUUACUACUUUUCCAUACUCUUCCCUUUUAUCAAACAACCAUGGCUACCUUAUCUUCUUCCACAAAUCAUGACAACAAUCAAAAGGUUGAUGAGAAACCAAUACCACACGAUCAGAAUGUUCUGCGAAAGCACGUUGAGUUCUUUGACAGAAACCACGAUGGAAUCAUUUACCCAUGGGAAACUUUUAAAGGAUUUCGUGCAAUAGGUUGUGGCUAUUUAUUAUCAUCCGCUGCAGCUAUUUUCAUCAAUGCUAGUCUCAGUAGUAAAACUCGCCCGGGCAAAUUUCCUUCUCCACUGUUACCAAUUGAAGUUAAAAACAUUCAGAAAGCAAAACAUGGAAGUGAUUCCAGUGUCUAUGAUAGUGAAGGAAGGUUUGUUCCUUCAAAAUUUGAGGAAAUUUUCAAGAAGCAUGCACGAACACACCCAGAAGCUCUAACAUCUGAGGAAUUGAGAGACAUGCUCAAGGCAAAUAGAGAACCCAAGGAUUAUAGCGGAUGGCUUGCCAGCUUCUCCGAGUGGAAAGCCCUUUAUGUUCUCUGCAAAGACAGUAAUGGUUUACUACACAGAGAGACUAUUCAAGCUGUUUACGAUGGAAGCUUGUUUGAAAAAAUGGAAAAAGAACAUUCACAGAAGAAAAAGAAAUGAACAUAAUACCCAAAUAUUCGUUUUCAUAUAUAGAUUCAUAUAUGAAUUAUACGAUUCUGAGUGCCAUAUAAAUGUACUGUACUAAUUUACAGUAUAUGCAAUUUAGCAAUAAGUUCUUUCCUGGUGUUUACAAUAAAAUAUUCAAUAUGCUUUCAUUCCUUGAAAAAUUGUUAAGUUGAUUUUAAUUUUAUUGUACGAUCUUAAAAGU